AUGGAUAAUUUGGAGAAAACCAUCCAGUAUCGUCCUGGACUAGAUCUUGUUGUAAAGUCUCUUAGUGCUAGAAUUGGACCGCACGAGAAGAUUGGAAUAGUUGGUAGAACAGGCGCUGGGAAAUCAUCUGUAACGCUUGCGCUAUUUCGAGUGAUAGAGCCUUGUGAAGGCCGAAUUGUCAUCGACGGCAUAGAUAUAGCGAAAUUAGGUUUACAUGAUCUGAGGAGGCACUUGACAAUCAUACCACAAGAUCCCGUUCUCUUCUCGGGAACUCUUCGUUUCAAUCUUGAUCCAUUUGGUAGCCAUUCGGACAGCGAAAUAUGGAACGCUCUUGAAAUGGCAAACCUGAAGCCUUUCGCUCUAGAACAACACGGUCAACUGGACUGCAUAAUUACGGAAGGUGGUGAAAACAUCAGUGUGGGCCAAAGGCAAUUAGUGUGUCUGGCUCGUGCACUGCUGCGGAAAACACGUGUUCUCGUACUGGAUGAGGCGACCGCAGCUGUCGAUAUGGGCACAGAUGCUCUUAUUCAGCGUACGAUUCGGAGAGAGUUCUCAGACAGCACCGUUCUGACAAUUGCUCACAGACUUAAUACUAUAAUGGAUUAUGACAGGUUCGUGUGGUUGCCACUUCCUAUUUAA